AUGUUGGAUCAUAUGCAACAACAAUUGUAUCAACAAGAACAACAACCUCAACCUGGCGCUCAAGAUCAGUCAGGACACCAGAUGGUACUAUGUCCAGUACGUGUGGUAUACGAAACUCAGAUGCUGGUACAACCAGGUGAACAAAUACAACCUAAUCAAACGAUAUUUGUCAAUCCCCAAAAUCCACCACCGUGGAUACAAAACAGAACAGUACAAAACCCAGUUUUAUACGUCCAACAUGUGCCAAACUACGUUCAGCAAACACAACAACAAAUUGAUCCCAACCAAUUGUACAUACAAAAUUAUGGUUAUCCAAAUAUACAACAAAUGUUGGUCCAAAAUCAUCAGGAACAAAAUCGGCAAAUGCAAAUGACACCGGCAAAUGUUAUGCCAAAUCAACAAGCAAUUGGUCAAAAUGUCCAAACACAAAGAUUUGUACCAAAUAUUACUCCAAUGCCAAGUACUAUUAAUUUAGUUAAUACGGUGCAAAGUCAGAAUAAUCCUAUGAAUAGACAAUUUGCACAUAGUCAAAUAGCGAAUAUGAAUGAAAUUGUUAGCAAUGUUAAACAAGAAAUAGUAGGACAAAAUGUGUAUAGGCAGUUCCCACAAGCUAUACCGCAGGAUCCAAGACAUCAGGUACAACAGACUGUUACUAUCGUUCCAAAUAAUAUACAAAGACCUACAAAUAUGUAUGAGCAAAACGUUGCUCAUAUACAACAAAUUCCACAACAAAAUGCACCAAAUAUUCAAACGAGUUAUCAAAAUGCUAUGAUAAACGUACAGGAUGCUAGAAAAGCCCCACCACAAGUUAAUAAAAACAUUAAUUACAACGUUGUUCAUCCGAAUAUGUCCGCAAAGGGGCUGCAAACAUUUAGACCGAUACAACCAAGGACUAAUCAAAUAAGACCCAAUGUACCACAAUUUCUACCGGUCCAACCAACUCCCAAUAUUGUUCAAUCAUCUCUGCCAAAUAUGGUAAAUAGAAAUGUUCCUCGGAAAAUAUUACCUAACACAGUUCAAGUACCAAAUAGUAUAGCUUUAUCAAAUAGUGGUAAAAACGAAAUCAACAAUGUUACGUUCAAUAGAAAAAGAAAAAGCGAAUCACCAGAUGAAAUACAUAAAAAGGUAUCGAUAAGUAACAGCCCAGAAAAUCCUAUUAUAAUUAAGAAAAUAGAAAAUGUACCUAAUCAAAUAAAUUGUUCAGAUAUUGGCGUUAAUACGAGUCCUAUCCACAAACCGGACGGAAGAAUACCGAUAAAUACUAUGCAAAUACCUCCACUAAAUCCUACGCAUGCACAAAACUCAAAAAUAAAAGAAGAACUAGCUAAGAAACCUCUAACUAAUCCAAUAACAGAACCACAAAAUGUAAUAAGAAAUAAUGUAGUUGUAAGCACAGUUCCUGAUAGUGUACCGCCUGAGAAAGAGAAAUUGGUACGAAACACUGUCUUCACGCAAGCUCGAGGAAGAGUUCUAAAUGACAAAGAACCUAUACUUGAACCUAAUAGAACAGAAGUGCCAACAAAUAGUAUAGCUUUAAAUAGUCCAGUUCCAGCCGUAUCUGCUGAAAUCACUCAAAAACCACAAAGAAAUACUAUCAAUGACAGUAAGGACGUAAGUAAAGCGGAGCCCAGCAAAUUAAAUAAUGCUACAAUUAAUCCCGUUACAGUUGAAAACAAACCUACAGAUACAGAAGAAAGUAAAGUAAAUUUGACAAGUGAUAUAAAGGCCGCGAACGAAGUUAAAGUAAAAGACGAUAGGGAUUUUAUUCUUACACACGUUUUAGACGGUUAUGUUAUACAGGAGUCAAAUAUAGCUUUUCCUAUAAGAAAACCGUUAAAAGAGAAAUCAUUACCGAACUAUUCAGAUGGAAUUGAAUCUAGCGAAGCGAAGGAAAUAAAAUUUGAUAAAGAUGCAGGGGUUAAAAAUAAUAGCAAAAUAUUAAACAUAUCACAUUUAAAUAUAAAUGAUAUAGACAAGGAUGUCAAGAGGGAUGAAAAAAUUAAUAAUCAAGAUAAUCCGUUUAGAGCAUUGAAACCAAGUGUUGUGAAGUCUUGGACGGCUCAAGAGCUAGAAACACACCUGGCUAAGUUCGGUUGGAAUGAAACCGUAUCAGUGUUGCAAGAACACGAAAUAGACGGAGAAUCUUUAUUACUAGUGUCGAAAGGGCAACUUUUAACUAUCGGUGUUAAAGAAGAACACGCAGACGUUAUUAGCGAAUUUGUUAAGAGUUAACACUAUAUUUA